UAUAAUGCCUAUUGGCUAUUACUAUUAUACAAACCCGGUGGCUGAGCUGGUGGCGAGUGGCGAAGAUGGCGACGGCGACGGUGGUGAUUUUCGACUUUGAUCGGACCAUAAUCGACGAUGAUAGUGACUCAUGGAUCAUCGCCGAAAUGGGUCUCACCCCCAUUUUCAGCCAACUUAGCUCCACCAUGCCCUGGACCCCUCUCAUGAACAGAAUGAUGGAGGAGCUUCACUCGCAAGGGUUCACCACCGGCGACAUUGCUCAGUGCCUGAAACGGGCUUUAUUGCAUCCAAACAUCGUUUCAGCGAUCAAAUCUGCACACGCUCUUGGGUGUGAGUUGAGGAUAAUUAGUGACGCAAAUGCGUUCUACAUUGAUACCAUUCUGGAACACCAUGGUUUAUCUGGGUGCUUUUCAGAGAUCAACACAAACCCAUCUUUUGUUGAUGAAGAGGGUCGCCUUCGGAUCGCGCCAUUUCAUGAUACAGCGUUGGAUCCUCAUGAUUGUCCCCUCUGCCCUCCCAAUAUGUGCAAGGGUUUAGUGAUUGACCGAAUCCGGGGUUCUUUACCUGAAAACAAAAGAUUCAUCUACAUUGGAGAUGGAGCAGGUGAUUAUUGCCCGACUUUGAAGCUGGGGAGAGGUGAGUUUGUGAUGCCGAGGAAGAAUUAUCCCCUCUGGAACCGGAUAUGCAGUGACCCAAAACUAGUUGAAGCAGAAGUUCAUGAUUGGAGCAGUGGGGAGGAGUUGGAGAGCAUACUACUGAAGCUGAUCAACAAAUUAGUUACAUAAGCUCAGUCUAUACUAACAUAGAAAUAUAGGAUUCAUCAUUAUUUGUGGUAUUAUUUGUGGAAGUCGAUUGAACAUGCGUUGUUUUUUCAUAUAGCUUGCUCUGAUUUUUAAACUAUAGAAAUGCUUAAUAGAAUUGGAGGCCAAGAUAGAUGAUUCUAUUGGAUUA